ACUGUUUAGCUGAAAAUUGGAAGCCUGGGAACAAUGGCUGUCUCUUCCCAGGGGUUACUAGUGUUUACAACGCUACUACUACAGGUAGCCGUUUCAGUGGACGAUACAGGAUCUUGUAGAACGACCAACUACCAACACGGCUGUCGGGAGGAAGUCUGCCAGCUCUCCGUGAGCUGGAGGAAAGAGACGAAGGAUGAAUUGAGUCUACGAGUCUCCGCCCUUGCCCUCGAAGACAACUGGAGUACGACCAUCUCUCUCAGCAGAGCCUCCAUAGAGGUUCAAUUCACAUGUCAACGGAGACAUGGAGAGACGGCACAUAACUGUUCCGUUGGCUGCCUGAGUGCCAAUAUAACCUACCACGACCACCACCUAGACUGCAGGUUUACUGUGGACGACAAAGGAACAAUUUCAGACCUCAUUUCUGGUCCCGUCUCUCUCCUCGUGUCUGGUGCAAAUGACUCUGUUGGUGGUGCCCAGUGGGUGAGUCCGGGUUGUCUGUGUGAUGUAAGAAACUGCAGAGACAUCUGCGACAGCUGUACCACCGAGGCAGGUGGUGGUGGAGACAAGUGUCACUCGAUUCUCUCUCUCCUUCUCAUCCGCUCUCACGCUAUCCUGAUGGUGAUGACGUUCCUCUUGCUGGUACCGCUGGGGGUCGCAAUCUCCCGUUACUCCAGACCAGUGUUCCCGUACUCGUGGUUCAGAGCCCACGCUGCCGUCAACUCUGCCACUCUCGUCCUCAUACUCCUAGGUCUGGGGGCUGUGCUCGGUCACACGGGAGGGAAAUUCACCGCCGGUCUUCAUCAGAUAGCAGGGAUCAUCUGUAUAACCCUCUUGCUGCUUCAGGCAUUGUGCGGGUACCUCAGACCUGCCGCAGGCGUAUCUCUGCAGUAAGUGAUGAUGUCAUAUCUAGUCAUGUGAUAUCCCGUGUGUUUGUCUGUGUACAUGUCAUGUAGGAGGCGUGUCUUCAAUGCUGUACACAGAAUUAAUGGAGCUACAAUACUCGGAAUGGGAACGCUAGCAAUGCUGCUGGGAUCGGUAAUAUAUCGCAAUUCCAUCUACCCUCUGGUCCUGCUGGUGUUAGUACUGGGAGUGGUGGUGGAGCUGCUGUUUUUCCUCGGGCUGGAGAUCGUCAUGAGGAGAAACUACAUGAUCUCGGUGCCUGUUGGUUACCAGAAGGUGGAUGGUGGGGAUGGGGAGGAGGAGGGGGAGGGGGGAGGGGAGGGUGAGAAGGGACAAGAGUUACAGGUGAUGAACGGAAAUGCAGGUGGGGCGAAGGAGGCAGUCCCAAAAAGCAACGUGGAUUCAAAACCACGUCAGUCUCACACGGCGACAAAGAGAUUGUUGGAUGCCUUCACCAUCCAGGCAUUUCUGUUCAGUGUUGCCGUUGGCAUCCUCAUAAUGUACGGCAGUCACUAGUAGUCUGUCCGUGUGGCCUAGCCUGGAGCUGUUUUCAUCACCUCUCACCAGUGAUUCCUUCGUCUCUCUGAGUACUCAUCAAUCAUUCAAUCAUUUAUCACUGUUGUUCACUCACCCAACCAUGAUGAAAUUUUCAACACUAGACUAUGGUUCAUAAUGGAACACGUUUCUUCGAAGAGGGGACAGUUUUCUUCCGCCAAAAUAAAGACUGUGGCAUGCAAUAAUAAAGGACACCCAAUUAUCUUCGUUAGUGU